UCAGCAAUUCUAUGCCAGCUGUAACACGAUCGCCCUCCUCUGGAAUUACAUUCGGAGUCAAAGCCGAUGGAAAAAGAAAAAAGAAAAGGAAAGAAAAAUGCUGAACAUGGUUACUGACACAAGGGAAACUCUAUCUGGAUGCUCCUUCUCAUUAAAUGCUACUUCAGUUGCAGAAACACUGCCGAUACACCCAAAGCUGUAAACCCAACCUCCCGACUCGAACAAUCCCAGUGUCAUCUUCAUGAACACCAUGCAGCUGAUUUUCUGUAGGCUCCGAACUCACCAGUGGUGUUUCAUCCUCUUCAGUGUUGCUCUUUUCCACAUUUUGCUCUUCGGAGCUGAUCUUCUGGAGGAAUAUUUCUCACGGGCCAUCCCCACCACCUACAUGGACAUGAAAGUCCUCAAAGCCCGGGAAAGAGCACAGAUGUUGGACAUGUUCCCCUUGAAAGCCAACAUCUCCAAGGCUUAUGUGAUUAGCAACUCAGAAGCCUGCUCCAAACGAGAGAUCUUCCUGCUUGUUCUCAUCUUCAGCUGCCCCGAAAACUUGUCCUGGCGCAACGCAAUUCGGAAAACAUGGGCCAACGUGACCUAUGUCCAAGGUUACGCCACUCUGGUCUUAUUUGUGCUGGGCAAACCACCUUCAGCUACCACCCAAUUGGAGGUCAUCAGGGAAACGGACCAGCAACAGGAUCUAAUUCAAGGAACUUUCCUCGACACGCCAGAGAAUCAGACGCUGAAAAUCAAGAGGGCCAUAGAGUGGAUCGUAACCUAUUGUUCUGAGGCCAGGUUCAUUCUCAAAAUAGACGAAGAUAUGUUUGCUAACAUCCAAACCUUGGUUGAAUACUUGCUCAAUUUAAGAACUCACCCUGAAGACAUUUACCUUGGGAGGCUGAUUCAAGACAUCCCCAACAAAGACUCCCAAAAUGGCAGUUUUACCUCCAUAAAAAAAUAUCCAGAACACUACUACCCUAACUACUGCAGUGUUACUGCCUUUGUCAUGUCACAGGAUGUGGCCCGGAAGAUCUAUGUAACUGCCAGGGAAGUUUCUCCUUCCCUGCCCCCUGGCAUUUUUGUGGGAAUCUGUGCAAGAGCGGCUGGCGUAGUGCCCAUGCACAGCUCUCGGUUUUCUGGGAAAAGGCACAUCUGGUACAACCGAUGCUGCUAUAAAUAUAUUUUCACUUCAUCUGUGUCGAAAACCAGCCAGCUUCUCCAAGAAUGGGAGGAGAUGAAGGCCGGUAAAGGUUGCACGUUACUGGAAACCUAUUAUGGGCUGGUGUCCUGCAGAAUUAUGACGUAUCUGGAUGGGUUGAAAGACUCGAGCAUCAACACCAUUCCGAAAGAGGCUCUCCAGUUUACUGAUUAGAACGUACAACUCAAGGAAUAAAAUGAUAUGCCCUCAGUUUGAUUUCCUCAUGGGCUUACCCAAUGAUGUAGACUAGUUUUGCCGUUAGCCAUUGCAGCUUUCUAUGGGAAGUUCCCUAGAUUGCCAAGGCAUUGUAUAAUUUCCUUUUCCAUAUACUUUCCGAGCCAGAGCGUAAAGUGAUCCUCUCCCCACUAUUUUCAGGAACUGUCAAUCAUUUUAAGUAGGCCAGGUUAGGCAGCAGACAUUGCAAGGAAUCCAAGAACAGUACUUUAUUGUUAUAGGGUAUAACAACAGAAUCUUGAAAGUCUGUCAGCAUCCCUCUGCCUUUCGUACCCAACCAAGUCAAGGUGGGAUUGAGUUUCCUUCUCAAGUCAUCCUAUCCCAGGACUAAGUUAUUUUCCCUUAACAGCUCCUGAUCCCUCCGUUAAGAUUAUUUCCACACAGGAACAUAUGAAAGAGAGUCACAAGACCGUGAGGGUCAUCCUCCAGCUUUCACAGUGGGAUUCAGCCUUUCUCCAACACCAAAUCCUUCUAGACAUAGAGAUCCACAUGUUCAUCCUGGUCCUUCAUGUGCAUAAUCUAUCUUUAGUUCAUAUUACAAAGAGCACAACAUUCAGACAAGAAGUUGAAGACGUUUUACAUAAAUUUAAUUAAUCUGACAAUCUUACUUCAUCUUUAAAAGGGGUCAUUCUACAUGAUGCUUACAUGCACGACAAAGGGAAGUCAACAGGUAUCAAAAAGGAAUAUUUCAAAGCCGAAAUAUACACAAAAGGCAGUAGUCUGAAGAAAAUGGGGUCAAAAAUCAGAUUGCAAAUACCAACAGACUCUGUCUCAGUUCAAGAGGUACUUUAUAAAUUAAUCCAAAGCAGAACAGAAGAAAAACACAUUUUUGCACAUAGGGAAACUACUCAAACUUUACUACAACCACGGACUCGUCUAUUGUUGGAGAUACUUUCCUGCUUCCCAAAUUAGUUAAGUAGUAAGCCACCAAUGCAUUUAACUCCCAU